AUGCCUAUCUUGGACAGGGCUCAGUUUGCCCAGAGCUAUACGAGUGGUGACUGCUCAAUAUUUCUCCUCCAGGCAAUACUUACACAUGCGGUACAUUACGGCCCAUUGCCCCUCCUCAUCGAGGCAGGCUACUCUGAUCGGUUGGUGGCUGCCAAAACUCUAUAUGAGAGAGCACGAGUACUCUACGACUUCGGCAUGGAAAAGUCGCCGCUGGUCGUCCUCCAGGGCUGCAUUCUUCUCCACGGUUCCUAUCUUGCCGUGAAGACGGAACGCGACUUUCGAUUUUGGCUGGAAACUGCAACCCGAGUGGCCACUCAGAUGGGCAUGCACAAGGAGGCGACCCAUCAGAGUGUCGACAUUGCAUUCCGUAAGGUGUUUCGGCGGAUAUGGUCCUUCCUGAGCUACAGAGACGUGCUGGUGUCGUGCGCGGGCCUCAAACAUAGCAGAUCUAUUCCUGAUAGCUGCAAUGUUCACGACGUCACAGAGUCCGACUGGGAGGACGAAUCGACCCUGGUACAGUACAGCAACAUCAUUCCCACCGUCUCUCGACUGCAGAAGCUCUACUUUAUAGAACUUGUCAGAUUGUCGAAAAUUGGUGAGCAUUCUCACGUACUCCCCAGACCCAUCCUUCUUAUUGAUAUCUGUGCAGCUGCACUGUUCCUACGGCUGCUCAACGUCCCGCCAGAUAUGCGUACAGACGAAGCCUUUCAAGACCUUGAAACGUCGCUGCUCCGAUGGCGGAAUUGCUUGCCCGUGGAACUACGCCUCGAGACGAUAGCGGAGUGGUCGGUCGACAACGUCUGGAUCUUGUUCCUCCGCAUGGACAGUUAUCGCUACGAGGGGGGAUUCUAUCGCGCCUGGAGAGAGUUUGGUCGACUCUCAGGGGAUGAUUCCGCGUUCAAAACUGCCUUGCGGAGACAACAAAACGCCAUGCUGGAGGUAGACUCGGUGAUUGAUCGCCUGACACUCCACGAGCUCGUUCAUUACUGUCCUGUGACUGCGUUUACCAAUGCUGCAGUCAACCUUGCAAUGCACAUUGAGAUCUCAUGCAAUCCAGCUACGACGGACCACCAGAGACAGAUUGUGCACGGCCAUAUGCGAUGCGACCUUUGGUUCUUGAGUCGCGGUACAGAGCGUUGGCCGUAUCUCCAGAAGAUGUUUGGACUUUUGCGCAAGGUACUCUCUCAGACUAAGUUCUCUCUCGAUCCUCUGCCGCACAUAUUGGGUCAAGACCCUGCGAUGGUGUCUGACAGCGAACGCCACCAAUAUAAUACCUCUCCGGCGCAGACGGAUGGUCAAGUGGCUAUGUUUGGGAACCAUUCCAACGACAGUCCCGCGGACGCCCUUUUCAAUACAUUCUCUGGUAUAGCGCUGUGGGACGCCGCUGGCGACAGCAUCUUCGAAGACCAGGUGCUAUUCUUUCCCGAUCUUGACUGA